AUGGCUCAAACCAACUCCGGGCUCGUCUAUCGGGGAGGCGAUGAGGCCCACGGCACCAAGGCCAGCGACAUCCUCGCCACGCUGCGCGACCACACGGCCGUCGUCCGCAUGCUCAUCGGCCCCGAUGUCCUGUUGAGCCAAGUCAGUGGAUACGCGGGCACGACAGUCUACCAUGUGUCCGACUCAACUGAGGUUUCUGUAGCGAACUUUGGAGCCGGGGAGUUCAAGUUUCACUAUCACAUCGGCUUGACGGACCUCGCCAGAGGAGUGGCCUUCCAUGCCUCCGGGAGAUGGGACCUCGGGGAGCUAGCGAUGGUUGGCGAGUGGCACGCUACCGGCGAAAUGAUUACACAGACUGCGAUGGCUCGCUCGGAGAAUCCCGGGUUUAGGGCGGCGAUGGAGCAGGAAAUGAGCACGAAGUAUGCUGCCGCCCAUCAGAGAUGGCUCCGCCUCAUUUGCCCCCGAGAACAGAUUGAGGAGGACGAGGAGGCGAAGAUUGCUGCGGCGCAGAGCCAGCUGCCAAAGCGCGGGUUCUUUCAGAGGCUGAAGAAGAUCACGGCGCUCCUCAAGAAGAAGCGGAACGCCCUCGGGAGCCUGUGGAUAUAG